GCGGCUUUGAACGCGGCAUUCCCUUCGUUCCCAUUCGCUCCCCUCUCUCCCUCUUUCUCUCUCUCUCUCUCUCUCUCUUCCAUCCCCACUCUCCCCUCUCAGUCCUAGUGAGUAGUGAGAGCUCUCUCUUACUCUCAUUCUAAAUUCUAAUAUUUGGAUAUGAGAAUGCUGGGGAGGAAGAAGAAGCGGAAAUCUCGAUCUCAGACAAGUUCAGAUCUGCUCUCCUUUUCUUGAAAUUAUUAGUAUAGAUUUGUAUUCCCAGACAGGUUAGCUUGGAAACAAAGAUCGAAUCGGGGGGAGGAAUGCAGUUUUAUUUCUGGCCGGAGGAGCGGAGAGUGACGAUAUCGAGCGUGGGAUCUUGGGAGGUUAUGAAGUUGAAGGGAUCCAAUCGACGGUUCUCUUACCGCUCCGUCCUGCCCACCGUUCUGAUAGCCGGGAUUUUGCUCCCUUUUCUCUUCAUUAGAGCAGCCUUUCUUGCCCUCGAUGCUGGUGUCUCCAUUUGCCCCUCCAUCAGUUGCUUAGGGUGGAGGUUUGGGCCAAGAUUUCUGAGGGGAAGCGAUGCGUCGAGGGAAUUUAUGAUGGAGUUAAGAAGAGCUUAUGCAGAAGGGGCAGGAGGAUACAUCGAUCCAAAGGUGGUGGAAGCUGCACCUGAUUCGUUGGACGAUUUGAUAGCAGAAAUGAGAUCCUCCUCUUCCUAUCAACAACUUGACAUCACAACGUUUGUGUUAAAGACCAGAGCUAUGCUUAUGAAGAUGGAUCACAAGGUCCAAUUGGCAAGGCUUCGGACAUUAUUCUAUGGGCACUUGGCUUCCAUCGGGAUUCCAAAGAGCUUGCACUGCCUCGGCCUGAGACUGACAGAGGAGUAUCUAGUGAAUGCCCUUGCCCGAUCUUCACUUCCACCCCCUGAAUAUGCCUCUCGCCUAACCAAUGGCUCCUACAUUCACUUUGCUCUUAUAACUGACAAUGUCCUUGCUGCCGCUGUAGUGGUCUCCUCCACCAUCACAAGUUCUGCUGAUCCUGAGAAGAUAGUGUUCCACAUUAUUACUGAUAAGAAGACCUACACUGCAAUGCAUGCAUGGUUUGCCCUCAACCACGUCCCUCCUGCAAUUGUGGAGGUCAAAAGCCUUCAUCAGUUUGACUGGCCUGCCCAUGUGAAUGAUAUGGUCAUGGAGACAGUCGAAGAGAUCCAUAAGAGUUCAUCAGCCUAUCAUUACUACAGUAGAGCAGAUGAAUACAGAAGACUUGAGGCUUUAAAACCAAGCACAUUUUCAGUCUUGAAUUACCUGAGAAUUCAUCUUCCAGAGCUGUUUCCGAAGCUGGAAAGGGUGAUCUUCCUUGAUGAUGAUGUUGUGGUGCAGCAAGACCUGGCCCCUUUGUGGGAUUUAAAUCUCAAUGGGAAUGUCCUUGGUGCAGUUAGGGCAGAGGAGAGUGAUGAAGGGGAAGACAGCCAUUGCAUCGGAAAGAAACUAAGUGACUAUCUAAAUUUCUCAAAUCCUAUGAUAUCUUCACUAUCUUUGGUAUCAAAUAGAGAUCAAUGUGCAUGGUUGAGUGGCAUGAACGUUUGUGAUCUUCAAGCAUGGCGAAGGACCAAUAUAACGCAGACCUCCCAGCACUGGCUUAAACAUAAUCGUGAGUCUGGAUUUGUAUUGUACGAUGUGGGAUCACUGCCUCCAGCGUUAAUAGCUUUUGAAGACCAAAUACAGACAAUUGAACCUUAUUGGCAUCUGUCGGGAUUGGGUUGGCGAAUGCCUGAUCCUGAGCUUCUAGAAUCUGCUGCUGUUGUUCAUUUCAGUGGACCACGGAAACCGUGGCUUGAGAUUGGGUUCCCAGCACUGCGAGAAAUGUGGAGAGCCCAGUUUAACCACUCUAAUGAGUUCUUAAGGAGCUGUAGAGUUGUGGAGUGAAGGUAUAUAACAGGCUACUAGGCUAGUGAAGGAAAGGAUAUAUUUAUGAUCUCAACUACUCCUUGGUUAGCUUAAUUUAUUACAUAGAACAUAGAUAGCUCGGUUUCGUUUUGGCAGGCAGGGUUAGCAGACUUGAGCGGAGGGAAGAAGGUAUGCUUUCAGUCUCUGCUCAGGGUAGCUCUGUAUACUGAUUACUCGUAAGAGUUAAAUCCAUCUGAGUUGUAUAUAUUGAAGGAGAGGCCCAACGGCCCCUCCAUGGAUAUAUCUAUAUAUAUACGAGAAUGCGUGGUGCAGCUUUAUGAGUUCUUCAGCUUUUU